AUCAGAACAAAGAUCUGUGCGAAAGGAUCGAAAAGUCCUCGGUUAAGAACCAGAAGCUACAGGAGGUGAACCGAAUCUUUUUGCGCCUCAUCCACUUCCACUUGGAAGAACAGACCAAGAGGAUCUGCUUGCAGCAGGAGUCACUGGAGAAACUUCAGAUGAGGUGUGAUGAAGCAGAAGGUGAAGUCUGCCCACACCUACGAGAUCUGAAGGAGGAACGUCAACAACAUGCUCAGCUGAAAGACUCCCAUUCAGAGCUCCUCAAAACUGUCACCGAGCUCAACCAAGAGAAGGUGAAUUUGAAGGAGGAGCUCGAAACGUUGAGGACAGGAGUCGGUUCCUCAGGCCCUCGGGAAUUUUUUUUUAAAUCUUAUAAGAAGCGCAUGUCUGAAGAUCUGAAAAGUGUGGAGAACAGGUUAUCGGAGGAGCUUAGAGAGACAGACAGACAACGACAGAGGAUCACAGAACUGUUGGAGGAGAUGCAGAUUCUCUGUGAUGAACAUGAAAAGAUCAAACAGGAGAAAACACGUCUGCAAGAGCAAAUCCAGCAGAUGUGUGAAGAGCUGCAGAAAGCCCACGCCGAGCUGGAGAGCUCCACGAAGACGUUAGCAGAGGAGCAGAGGAGAAACCAACUUCUCACACGACUGAAGGACAAAUACAAACUCCACGACGAAGAAGAAGAAGACGAAGACGAGAGCGCGAGAGGAGAGGAAGAGGAGACG